AUGCAUCUAGUUUGCAAAUGCGUUCUGGAAACUAAUGAUCGCAGGUGGCCAGUGAUCGUUGGUAUCAUCGUUGGUUCCGUGAUUCUUCUUGCCGUGCUAGCAUGCAUUUUCAAUUGUCUCUGCUGUGGUUACCAAUGCUGCAAAUGCUGCUGUAGCUGCUGUUGCCCAUCUGGCAGACGCAGAAACAAAACACCAAAGCAUUUUGAUGACCCUGCUUUCCAGCAGCCAAGCUACCAUCAGCCACCCCCACCUGCCCCCAAUCCAACCUACCAAGCGCCCCCGGCUCCUCCAUCGUACCGUGGCGCCGAGCAGACUGCCCGCUUUGAUGCGCCAAAGUCCCCGGGAGUCAAGGUCAACGAGGAUGCUCUUCCUGAGAUGCCCACUUGGGCUGGUGCCAAGGACAAGCAUGUCGAGGAUGAGAUUCAUCACGAAGACGUCGAAAUGGCGGCAUUGAAUCCUCCGGAUCGGAAGCAAGGCGCUGGUACCCCUGGUGCCGCGCGCUCGGAUUAUUCUCCCAACCCCAGCGCGGCUGGCGGCUACAGAGGUUUCGCACCUACAGAUCCGUAUGCUCGCCGGUCACCCGGUCCAGCAUUGACCCCAGUUCAAGAUCCUUAUGCGCGACGCUCGCCUGGGGUGCCAUCCCCCGGAGGAAUUGAUCCCUAUGGAAGGAGAUCUCCUGGACCGGCAGCGGCACUUGCUGCAGCACAGGAUCCUUACGCCCGCCGAUCGCCAGGCCCAGCAGCAGCCCUGUCCGCCACCCAAGAUCCCUACGGUAGACGUUCGCCUGGCCCAGCAGCAGCCCUGGCUGCAACACAAGACCCCUACGGACGACGUUCGCCUGGCAUGGCUGCAGCUGUGGACCCGUACGCACGACGAUCACCCGGCCCAGGAACAGCCUAUAGUACCCCAGACCCCUAUGCCCCCCGCUCUCCAGGUCUGGCCUCGCCCAUGACUCCCCACAAUCCCUACGACCACUCCUACCAAGAAGGCCACGACGACAACUACGGUGCAGGUGCAGGCUACCACGCCGUGACCUCCCCUUCACCCGUCGCAGCCUACAAGCCGACAACCCAAUAUAGCCCCGCGCCCAUGGCCUUCUCCACAGAAGACCACAACCAAACACCAGGCUUCCAGCGCCAGCCUUCUUUCGGCUCAAGCCAAUACCCACCCACCUACACCUCCCAGCCUGCAUACCAAAGUUACUCGCCCGGUGCUACUUCUCCACCCCCUGCUUUCUCGGCUCCUACUACCGAGUACGCCACAUAUAACCCGCACAGCACUGCAGUCACUCCUGAGCCGGAUCACACCAGGCCCCCGAGUUUGUUGCAGAGUGGGAAAAAGCCUAACCUCAAUGCCUCAAGUAACUUUUGA